AUUUUUCAGCUAGUUUAUGACAGAAAAAAAUGAAGUAACACUAUUAUAUAAAACAUUUGAUGAAUUAUUUAUUGAUGAGAUUAGAACUGCCGAAGACGUGAUAGGAAAGAAUUUUGUUUUUGGAUCAGAGACCACAGCUGGGUGACAGUUGUUUUGAUUUCGUGCUAUGUUCGAUGGGUUUUGCCACUGUGUUCAAAACUGUUGACUGGCUAGCAGCUUUGGCAGCAGGUGGCGCGACGCUCCUGUUGACUGCAGUUGCGCUCUUUAUGGCUCUGUACAUGAGGGAUACUAAUUUCCAGUUCAGCAUUGCACUUUUUUCAGCUUUAUUUGGCUCCACGCUUGCUGGACUAAUUUCGUACAUUAUUGAAUACGUAUCAGGUAGUACUAAACAGAUUGCACAAAAGAUUUCAGUUGGCGUUAGCUUCAUUCUCGCUAUGGUAUUAAUUGCAUUUGGCGCUUUCCUUUGGAAUACUGCUCUAGAUCUGGUGGCUGUGAUCUUCGCCAGCUCCCACAAAUAACGCUGAUAUCACAUGGUUCAUCCAAUUCAUCUUGUGCGAAUUUCAGUGUUAUUCACGUUUUUGUAGAGAGGCAUUAGUUAUAUAUUGCAUGGAGUCAUAUUUUCAAGUAAUUCAGAUACAUUUCUGAUUCCGCACUAGAAUUUCCACUUUUAUUUGUGUAAAACAAUUUCUUCAGAAUGUAAUUCUUAGGUGUUCUCAUGAAUUUGAAUAUUUAUAUAAGAAAGCAACAGCAAAAACCAAAAGGAAACACAAAAAUAACAAAAAAAUGCAAAAAAAAUAACAAGUAGAAUGGAAUAUAAUCACCAAUAAUGAAAAAAAAAUUUCAGUAUUUGGUAGUGGAAGCUAUGAUAUGUGUAUGCGUGGUGAACAGUAACAGCUAUUAUCAUACAGGAAUUUAUGAUAUGUUCUUAAGAAUGUUUAUAGCCAAGAUGAUCAGUUAAUUUUAUUUAGCUACACUAAACAAUCAUAAAAUAAACAUUUUCGGUUGUUUUUUUUAUUGUCAGCACUAAUGCGGUGUUUGUUGUGGUAGUGUGAAUAAUCAUGCAUAAUACAAAAAUUUAAGGAUGAUGGUAACGGCGUUCACAACCAAGAUUGUCAGUUUUAAUAUUUCCGAACAAAAAACAAUCACAAAACUUAUAUUACAUGAUGGUUAAUGACAGGAAAAUUUUGUAAUACUCAUAG